AUGGUCACCGCUGCCAUUCGAAACCCUCACCUCAGCCCUCUCAGGUUGAGGAAACCGGGGGCUUUCGUGCUCGUUGCUCUUGCUCGAGGCUUGUCCGCCUCUGUGCGCCCCCAGGCGAGUUCUGGGAACAGGAGGGGGUCUCCUCGCCGCAUCUUUCUGGGCAUCGGUGCCUCCCUUCUGGAGAGUUUCGGAAGGAUGGACUCCGGCGCCGGCAGCUCUAGCGGAGGUCGAUCAUUUACGGCCUCCGCACGGCCGCAGCAAGGUGCCUCGCCCGUGGAGCAGGUAGCAUUGGCGGAUGCUUGCGGAAUUAACCAGCCCAUGACGUGUUGUCCCUGAAUCUAAGAUGUCUCUCGUGCUUGGCUCUUCUGUGUUCUCCCGCUGCAGGUACUGAUGAAUGUCGAGUGGCCGGAGAAGUUCCCCUUCAAGGAAGAGGACUUCAGUCGAUACGAUGAGUAAUUGCUCUUCGACUACUCAUUAGCUUUAACUAGUCCUCUAUUUGCUUCCCUGUCUAGUGUUAUUCAUUUUAUUCUGUGCCAACCAAACCAAAAGAACCUUGUCGCAGCACCUCCAUAGCCUUACUGCAGUCUGUGGUUGACCCACAAUCUUCUUCACUUUGCCUUUCCCUAAGCGAUUAAUUAGCCCCUAUGAGAUUUUGAAUAAUUCAGAAAUGGUGAAACUAACGAUCUUGAAAUCAUGGAUUUCGAAAUCGGUGAAUUCUCUUAGUUUUUGUCAUCAGUAAUAUUGUUUAGUUAGGAGCAAAAAUACGAGUGCUUUGCCAUCGGAAGCUUGUCUUAUGGCAGAAUAAUUAUUUAGAAUCGCAUGCUGUGUCCAGACAUAGAAUUAGCUAUGAUGCGCAUGCACUUUUUCCUGGAUGGCUUACUAUGUGAACCGUUUCUCUCAAUAUAAAAACAUUACCAAAUGAGGAUGCAAAAUUUUAGAUGUAACACCAUGUUACUUCAUAUCAUCUUUAAGAGUAGUUUGUAAUUAAAUUGUGUCAUAGGCAGCGCUGAAGGGAAUUAGGGAAAUGGCAUGCCAUGUGUGUUUCGUAAACGCCAACACAGAUGGGGUGACCUAUGAUUUCUCGUACAACCAUUCAAUGAUAUUUCAGUGAGGUGAAAUUUAUCUGCUAGAUGAAUCCUAACUUGAGUCUAUUCUCAAGUGUUAGUGGAAAAGUGGAAAGAACUGGUAAUAGCAACGAACAUCCAUUGAUUCCUGCGAUGUUUCUGUUGUCCUUUUUUUAUUGACGACUAUUUAAUAUAUUCAAUUCCUAGUGUUAAAGAUACAUAGAACACCGACUUGUUAAAUAGUUAUAUUUUUGCCAUGAUUCUUCUGGUGGAAAUUUCAUGAUAAUUAUCCUUUUCUUGGCGGGCAUUCCUUUCAGGCUCAUUUUCCUUUAUUUCUUUUCUAUCACCUGUUUGAUUAGCCAUCAGUAUGUCCAUGGGUUAAUGCAUUCCGUUUGUCCUUGUCACUUGAUGUUGAUGCCAAUUUUUAUCUUCUUACGUGGAGAACCAUUACUUUUGGUCAUUGUUGAUAAUGUUUCAUAUCGGUCAUGUAUUGUAGCUUACAAGUGUUAUUGGGUCACUUGACAGAUCACCAGACACUUACUUUUACUCAGAACCUCGUUUUGUUACACAUAUUGAUGAUCCAGCGAUUAAUGCCCUGACAAAAUAUUACUCCAAGGUUUUUCCUCCAAAGGAUACUCCAGGAAUCUCUCUGCUGGAUUUAUGUAGUAGCUGGGUGAGCUUCUAUUGUUUUUCUUUAUAAUAAAGUGAUUUUUUGUGGUUUUAUUUUAUUUUAUGAUAUAUUUAUUGCUGUAUCUUUUGAUGUGUAGGUUAGCCACUAUCCACCUGGAUACAAGCAAGAUAGAAUCGUUGGCAUGGGUCUGAAUGACGAAGAGCUUAAGCGAAAUCCGGUACUAGUCACUAGGGAAUAAUUUUUCUUAAAUACUGACAUAAUACUUCCUGCCUUGGUUUUGUAAAUUAGAAGCAUUCAAUAUUUUCCCUUCAGAGAGUUUGCUAAAAAUUAUGCUGAAAUUUCUCCAGAAAAUUGUUUAUGUUUCAGCAAGGUUUUUAUUUUUUAUUUUAUUUUUACAUUGGUAUUCUUUACUUGAUAAUUAUAGCCGCGAAAAAUAACAGAGCUUUGGAAAGAAAAAUAUCGUUCUCAGAAUUCUAAUUAGUUCUCAGUGUUUCUUGGAGAUUAUCACAGACAAGAAAAACCAUUUAUUGGGAGUCGGUACAAAACAUUUCAAAUAAUGUUUUGGACCUCCAAUUAAAAAGGAUUUUGUAGAAGUAUUUUUUGCUUAUAUUUUUAUCCCUGAUGAUGUUUUUUCUUUAAUGUAUUUUUCAGGUUUUGACAGAGUAUCUCGCACAAGAUCUGAAUGUGAAUCCGAAACUUCCAUUUGAUGACAAUACAUUUGAUGUAAUAACCAACGUGGUAAGUUAUCUUGCUUCCUUUGUUUUUGUCAUGGUUUAUUACAGCAAAUGAGUUCUAUUUUGGAUAUUUCUGCCUUUUCUGACAUUCUUAAUAAUAUAUUUUUCUGUCCCGAAUUUAAGCAAACAGAAUUGUCUUUAUGAUUAUCCAUAGAAUCAUGUGUAGAAAUAUUUUCACCAAUUGUAAGGCCAUGAACCAAGACUGUUGAUUUUAUGUUUUGAAAAUCACGAGGUUCAUAUUCUAUUCAAUGUUUUAACAUUCUUUGAGAUUAUCCGAGAAAAAGGGUUUAAAGUCCCAUGCUAUGACUUAGUGGUUGUCAUAUAAUUUAUUGGUUGCAGAGUUUAAUGGCAUGAAUUUGAGGUCUUGGAGAAUGGUAGCUUCAGUUCAUCCUCAAUAGAUAUUCGGAUCCUUGGUGCUCUUGAGCUCAUGAAAAUAACAUAAUCACUGAAAUAUCCUUAUCAUAUCAGGAAUCUUGGAUUUAACAUUGGAUGUGGAGAACUCUGUUUAUCUCUUGUACACAAGCAAAAUGUUGUUGAAUUCGCGAGGCAGGCUUUAUUCCUUGCAACUAAUUUUGAUGAGAACUGGCUGUUGUUCUCUGGUCAACGUUUAAAGGAUUCCAGUAAACUGAUCCCUGUGCCGUCAGUUAAAUUUUUUGCGUUUCUUCAUCUCACUAAUACCUUCAACAACCUCUUUAGUCAAUAUCAUCGUUGAUUUAUAUCAUUUCAGGACAUUAUUUCGUUCAUGUUCCUUGUCGAGAAAAAUUGACACACUUUUAUCAGUUGCUUGGCGACUGAUCCUUUUCUGGAUCCUUUCUAUGUUCCAUAGUUUUUUCAACAUAAGAAAGGAUGAAUCUAUGGUGGUAUAUCUCCUCUUCCUACAACAUCUCCCCAUUUUUGGAUAAUAAUUUUUCUUUCUUUGUUUGAACUUUGGUACAAUGCUUGACAUUUCUAUAUCUGAAGUUGUAGCUGCUUGACCAGCUGAAAAUCCUUUGACUAGGAAACUAAGGUCAGAGUAACUGAAAGUCUUUUCCAAGAAAGCAGCCAUGAAGCAUUGCGAUAGAUUGGAUGCAUGGGCUAGAAUAUUUUCUUUAGCACAUGCUGACUCUGAGAACCAUAUUAUGCAUGUGAAAUGGCUAUAAUACUUGCAACACUGUUAUGAUGGUUGAACUGCAUGAAAAUUUAAUCCAAAUUUAAACAAUGCCAAAAAGCUUAGUAACUCCGCUGUAUCUUUUUCAUAGGUCAGUGUUGACUACUUGAAUAAGCCGCUUGAUGUGUUCAAGGAGAUGAAUCGGAUUCUCAAGCCAGGGGGGUUGGCGAUCAUGAGGUAAUAUUUUUAUUUCAUCUUCAUCCAUAUACAAUGUCGUUCAUAACUCGAUACUUAGUUAAUUAUCUUGGAGCAAUUGAAGGGCAGAUUGAACUUUCCAAGGCGAUGAUGAACAUCUAAACAGAAGAAUGGGUGCCAUUGAUCAUUAUUACUUGGUUUUAGCUCCGAGUAGUCUAAUCUCCUUGUCUUUGCCGACUAGUUUCUCAAAUCGCUGCUUUUGGACAAAAGCCAUCUCGAUUUGGACAUCAACUGGCGACGCUGAUCAUGCUUGGAUUGUCGGAUCCUAUUUCCACUACGCCGGAGGCUACGAGCCGCCAGUUGUACGCCAACAUCUACUCUCCAUUAUUUUCUUGGGUUUAAUUAUAAUUUUCCGACCACAGCCCAUCACUCGAAUCAUCUAAAUCAUUAACACAUUUGAUGAGCCGCGUGUGUUCUACGUGCUGUUUCAGUCGGUGGACAUUUCUCCCAACCCCGGGCGCUCAGACCCAAUGUACAUCGUGUACUCUAGAAAGAAAUCGGCAGCAUAA